AUGGAUUCUACUGCACCCAUCACAUCGCCUAUUCAAGACCCAUCCAGCGUCAAGAAAGAAGAUUGCUUACCUUGCAGACUCAGUGGUGGAGCAGUUGGUUUAGGUGUUGGUUACUUUUCAUUACGCAAAGCUAUGCAGCUUCAGAAAGCAGGUGCUGGCAAUCCCAAUAAAGCAGUUGCUUUAGGUGUUACAGGUGUCAUGUUUGCAUCGGCUGGACUCUACCGACUCUUCUUUUAUUGA